GGCCGGGGGGCCCUCGGGGCAGCGCCAGGGGCGAAGUCCGUGGCGCUCGAAGGCGGCCGCGGGGCGGCGCUGCGCCCCUUCCCCCCGCUUGACUGCCGGGCCCCGUGCCGGCCCGCCGUGGGCUCUGCGUGGGCUCCCAGUGCGCGGCCCCUGGGGCGGAGCGCAGGAUGCAGUGCCUCCGCGCCGAGCACCUGGUUUCCACGGAGACAACCCCCAGGCAAAGACAGUGGCGACCUCAGAUUUAUAGGAAAUGCACAGAUAAGGCCUGGUUGUUCCUGUUCUUUCUCUUUUGGGCUGGUUUGGUGUUCAUCAUGGGCUACUCAGUGACGGCUGGGGCCACAGGAAGACUCCUCUUCGGCUACGACAGCUUUGGCAACGUGUGUGGCAAGAAGAACUCCCCAGUAGAAGGGGCCCCUCUUUCGGGGCAGGACAUGACCCUAAAAAAACACGUGUUUUUCAUGAAUUCCUGCAACCUGGAAGUCAAGGAUGUGAGGUUCAGUUCCACCAUUCUCUGUGUGUCCAGCUGUCCUGAAGAGCAGCUUAAUACCCUGGAAGAGGUCCAGCUCUUUGCAAACACUACUGGGUCCUUCCUGUGUGUUUAUAGUUUGAAUUCCUUCAACUACAUCCAGAAUCCAAAUGCAGACUCGCUGUGCCCCAGGCUACCAGUUCCUCCAAGCAAGUCUUUUCCCUUGUUUAAUCGAUGCAUCCCUCAAACUCCUGAGUGUUAUUCCCUGUUUGCAUCUGUUUUGAUCAAUGAUGUUGACGCCCUCCAUCGAAUUCUAAGUGGAAUAAUGUCAGGAAGAGACACAAUCCUCGGUCUCUGUGUCCUCGCCUUCGCCUUGUCUUUGGCCAUGAUGUUCACCUUCCGAUUCAUCACCACCCUUCUGGUUCACAUUUUCAUUGCACUGAUUGUUUUGGGAUUGCUGUUUGUCUGUGGUGUCUUAUGGUGGCUGUAUUAUGACUACACUAAUGACCUCAGCACAGAAUUGGACACAGAAAGGGAGAACAUGAAGUGUUUGCUGGGGUUUGCUGUUGUGUCUACAGUUAUCACGGCAGUUCUGCUCGUCUUGAUUUUUGUCCUCAGAAAGAGAAUAAAAUUGACAGUUGAACUUCUCCGAGUCACAAAUAAAGCCAUCAGCAACUCUCCUUUCCUGCUGUUCCAGCCACUGUGGACGUUUACCAUCCUCAUUUUCUUCUGGGUCUCCUGGGUGGCCGUGCUCCUGAGCCUGGGAACUGCAGGAGCUGCACAGGUCAUCGAAGGCGGCCAAGUGGAAUAUAAGCCUCUUUCGGGCAUUCGGUAUAUGUGGUGGUACCAUUUAAUUGGCCUCAUCUGGACUAGUGAAUUCAUCCUUGCAUGCCAGCAAAUGACUAUAGCUGGGGCAGUGGUUACAUGUUAUUUCAACAGAAAUAAAAAUGACCCUCCUGAUCGCCCGAUCCUUUCAUCUCUCUCCAUUCUUUUCUGCUACCAUCAGGGAACAGUUGUCAAAGGGUCAUUUUUAAUCACUGUGGUGAGGAUGCCAAGAGCCGUUCUCAUGUACAUCUAUAACACUCUGAAAGAGAAGCAGCACGGUGCCUGGUCGAGUUGUGUGUCCCGAUGCUGCUACUGCUGCUUCCGGUGUCUUGACAAAUGCCUGUGCCAUUUCAACCAGAAUGCAUACGCUACAACUGCCAUUAAUGGGACAGAUUUUUGUACAUCAGCAAAAGAUGCACUCAAGCUCUUAUCCAAGAAUUCAAGUCAUUUUACAUCUGUUAACUGCUUUGGAGACUUCGUAAUUUUUCUAGGAAAGGUGCUAGUGGUGUGUUUCACAGUUUUUGGAGGACUGAUGGCAUUUAACUACCACCGUGUGCUCCAGGUGUGGGCAACCCCACUACUAUUGGUUGCUUUUUUUGCCUACUUAGUAGCCCAUAGUUUUUUAUCUAUGUUUGAAACUGUGCUGGAUGCACUUUUCCUGUGUUUUGCUGUUGAUCUGGAAACAAAUGAUGGAUCAUCAGAAAAGCCCUACUUUAUGGACCAAGAGUUUUUGAGUUUUAUAAAAAGGAUGAACAAAUUAAACAAUGCAAGGGCACAGAGAGACAAGAACUCAUUAACGAAUGAAGAGGGAACAGAACUCCGGCCUCUGUAAGAUAAGCGCGCCCAUCAGGUAUUUGUACCUGGAAAAAGUUUCCUUCUCCUAAGAGCCGUGUGCAGAAUAAACGACAGGGCCCAACGUGGACCCUAUUCUUCCUGUUUUUGUCCCCACUAUUUGACCACAUUACAAUACUAGAACCAUAAAAGUAUACAACCUUUUUUGUACCAACAGGGACUGAAAGACCUUUUAACAACAUGUUUAUGUGGUCAAUUAAAAAGCACAUUAGGUAAAAACUAAUUUAAAGGAUAAUUCCUCACUCACAACCAAUAAACCUUAGCAAAAAUCUCUGGAAUGUUGCCCUAGUACAGAGGACUUUUCCCUACUCUUCCACUCCUGGAAAUGUGCUAAAUAUGUUAUAGCUUUUCAAAGUACAAUUCUUAGAUUUAGGGACAAUUAAAACCGAAAGUGUAAAAGGAACUACCACCUGAUGGGCGUGGUAUAGAACGGGCAGAAGAUUAACCAGAUGUGAAGAGUUAAAUUUUGUUAAAAGUACAAGGCUAAGUCUUACAAAUUAGCAAACGUUCUGCAGAAGCGGGUUUUCAACCACAGCCCCACCUGAGAUUGCCCGGAGGAAGGUUUAAAGUCCUUCUGCCUGGACCCCAUUCCCAGAUUUAGAUUCAGUGGUGGGUCAGAGGAAAGGGCCACGGUGGGCGUGCACUGGCGGCUUUUCCUUUUUAAAGCUUUAAACAAAUAGGAACAUCUAACGUGUUGAUUGGCAGGCUCGUUUCAACUAGAUAACAGGUAAACUGAAUUACUAAUUCUCCUAACAGGACGCCCAAUCUGGCUUAUUUGGCAGGGCAAGCAGUGCGAUAUAAGGUUUCCCUAAACCCCUCUUCCUGGAGGGCAGGAAACAGCAUGCUAGCUCAGGUCCCCUUUAACAAUGCAAAUUACAACUUUCCUCUUAAACAAGACUAUUAGUUGAGCUCUGACAGUCUCCUUUAGGAAAAGGAUUUACGACAGAGCAGUUUCUCCAAGGCAUUAACCUUAGUCACUGCAGCACGAUGAGCAAGUCAACUGUGCUUUUGUGGGUUCAUCAAACACCGCUAUGUCCUCAUUAUCUGCCUCAGCAAAAAACAAGCAGGCACAUUUCACCCCCCAAGGCCUAAUAGAACCAGUGCUAUCAGAGGAAAUCACUUGGCUGGGAAAAUGUCACAAAGUGUGUUAGCGAUUGAAUUGUUUAUCAUUACAACACUUAGCUGUUUGACCUCCUCUAGAUCAUAACUGAGGGUUAGGUUUUGCUAACACCUCCUACCAUAAAUCCUAGUUCAUUAUCAAACAGCGUGUCCUAUUCCUGAUCCAGUAUGUUUCUUAAUAUUUAUUCACGCUAGAAUAUGAAUAUAAAAUCGCUCCACCCCAUCCCCACCAAUGUUCCCCAAGAUGGUUUUAAGAUUAUUCCAAGUUGGAUUGAGAAUGAACUGGAGGCAGAUGAGUCACAAUGGAAUAAGCAAAGGUCAGAUGAUAGUCUGAAUCCCGGCUGGCAUUUCCUGUGUGCGAUGGGCAGGUCCCUUCGGUUUCCUAAGCCUCCCUCUCAAGUACUCAGUGCAUUGGUGUAUAGAUUCAGUAAAGAAAUGUUCCAGUAUCUUAUAACAGUACCUGGGAAAGAAUACUUUAAAAAAAAAAUCUGACUCUACCCAUCUGGAAGUUAGCCAGAAAAUAAUCAGCCUGUGGCUCAUAGGAAUGUUCAAAAAAAAUAUUUAUUUAUAAAAAAUACAAUGGGAU